AUGAAUGGAUUAGAUUCUGAGGUUCCUCAGAUUCCUGAUUAUAAAUUAGCAGAGAAGCAAUUUCUCUUGACAAAGGAUGGAGAAGAUAUUAACCGCCAACAGCUUAUCUCUGAAUUACUAAAGUCCAUAAAGGAUGAGAAAUUGGCACCCUAUUAUAAGUACAUAAGCAAUGACGUUCCAGAUAUCAAGUUUAAUGAGAAAUUAUAUGAGGAGUUGGCGAAGGAAAAUGACGAGCAAAUUAACGAGUUGAAAAACAAAAUCAAAGAAGCAGAAGAGGAAGAUGAGACCGAUUUAGACGUCUUGUCUACUACACUCAAAUUAGCCGAAUACUACACCAAGAUCAUUGAUAGAGAUAGUGCCACCGAAACAUAUAGAAAGGCAUUAGAACUUCCCCAAAGCACGGGAUCUAAGAUUGAUAUUUUAUUGACUCUCACUAGGCUUGAGUUUUUUUUCAAUGAUUACGCUACCGUAGGCAAAUAUUUAGAAGAAUCGAAGACUUUGAUUGAUAAAGGAGGUGAUUGGGAACGUCGUAACAGAUACAAAACAUACAGGGGCCUCUAUUUGUUGGCCAGUAGAAAUUUUUCUGAGGCAGCAAAAUUAUUGAUUGAUUCGUUAGCAACAUUUACGUCUACUGAGCUUUGCAGUUAUGAGGAUGUUGCAAUGUAUGCUAUAGUCUCUGGUGCCAUCUCAUUAGACAGAGUAGAUUUGAAGGCCAAGAUUAUUGACUCGCCAGAAAUUUUAUCUAUCUACUCAUCAUCUCAAGCACUAGAACCAUUGGUUAAUUUGACGAAUUCAUUGUACACCUGUGAGUACAACUGCUUUUUCCAAUACUUGUUAGAGUCUUAUGACAAGCUCUUACUUCCAAACAGACAUUUGAGUCAACAUGCGAACUACUUUUUAAGAGAGAUGAGAUGUAAAGCUUAUGGUCAACUCUUAGAGAGUUAUAAAUCAUUAUCGUUAAAGUCAAUGGCUCAAACGUUUAACAUAAGUUAUGAGUUCCUUGAUAGAGAUUUAUGUAAGUUCAUUCCUAACAAGAAGUUGAAUUGUACAAUUGAUAAAGUGAAUGGAAUAAUUGAAACCACAAGACCCGACAAUAAGAACAGUCAAUAUCACCAGUUGAUCAAACAAGGAGACUAUUUAUUGACUAAAUUGCAAAAGUAUGGCGCGGCUGUCAAGUUAAGUGGUGCUGAGCGUGUUGCAUAG